AUGGAUAGCAACGCCACAUCACAAGAGGCUUCCUGGCCAUCGCCAGCCUCCUCUUGGAUCGAAAAGGUCCUCUUCCUCGGCACGGGAACCAGCGGACAAGUGCCGGCGAUCCACUGCGUCACCCAACCCGACUUUGGCGGUUGUGCGGCUUGCGAGGAUGCCACUCGUCAUCCUACGGGCAAGAAUCGGAGAGGAUGCACUGCAGCUGCCAUCGUCGGGCGACAUCCGCAAGACUCUACGGACAGUACCAUUCUCAUAGACUGCGGCAAGACCUUCUAUUCGAAUGCCAUCGUCCAUUUCCCCAAGAACGGCAUCCGCUCCAUUCGCGCCGUCCUGCUCACGCAUGCCCACGCCGAUGCCAUCCUCGGACUCGACGACCUUCGCGCAUGGACCAUGGGUGGCGUCAUUCAGCGACACGUCGACAUCUAUCUCACCGAAGAAUGCAUGCAAGUAGUUGCGGGCAUGUUCCCAUACUUGGUCGACCGCUCCAAAUCCACCGGCGGCGGCGACGUACCCACUCUCCGCUGGAACAUCAUCGACAGGCACUCCUCCUUCACCAUUCCAGCCUCGCAAGGCCGUAGAGAGCUUCGAGUUCAGCCCCUUCCCGUCCUUCACGGCUAUAUCGGCCGCUCCUCGCCCUUUUGGAGCCUGGGCUUCCGCAUCGACUCGUUCAGCUACAUCAGCGACUGUCAUAGCAUUCCCCCGGAAACCUUGGAACUCAUGCGCGGCAGUCAGGCCAUCGUCAUGGACGCCCUCAAGAUGGACCGUCAUCUCUCGCAUUUCUCCUUCUCGCAGGCUCUCUCCUUCUUCGCCUCCUUCUCGCCUCCGCCCGUGCUUGGGCUACUCACCGACUUCACCCAUCGCAUAGAGCACUCCACCACACAGCGGCUCGUCGACACUUGGAGGAACGGCAUGCUGGCUGCUCAGCUCGACCCGCAUCUCCAAACGUCCACUGCGAACGAAACAUCCAAACACCCGCAUAGCACCGGAGAAGGCGGCGGUGUCCGCUGGUGGUCACACAUCUGGGACGAACAGGACAAUGAGAGCAACAUGACGAUUCGACUUCGCCGCUCAUAUCCCUCCCUUCGAGAAGAUGCUGCUCGAAACGUCGCACAUUACAUCCCGCCCAUCAAGCUCAGCUGGGACGGCUUGGUGGUACAUUUUCACCCGCAAUGA